UUAAAAAUAUUUAUGAUAAAUUAUAUCGAAGGAUACAGUUAAUUAAUGCUCUGGAUAUCCUUCAUUGUGAUAAAGAGGUCAUCCAAAGGAACAAGAGUGUUCUCAUCCUUGGAGGGAUCUUUUAAUUUGAGUGGAUUUGAAGAGGCUCUAAUUCUUAUUGCCCUUUGCAAUAAACUCUUGAUAUCGUUCUGAAGUUUGGGCUGUCUGAUAGUACUUUUUGGUACCGAAACUCUUAAUGGCAGUCUCUGCUUGAUGAGUUUUUGGAUGUUUAUAUCUCAUGAGUUUCCUUUUUUGAAGAAAUAAAUGCUCAUUUAUUUUUCAAUGGCAGAGGAAAUGGCUCAAAUAAAUCAAUAUCUGGUAUCUUUCUAUU